ACAAACAUCACAAAUCAGUAAAUCACUUUUGGCUGAAAUAAUAUAAAUACCGCUCUUUUAUAUUAGUUUAUUUCGUAGAUACGAGCACAAUUAAAUCAAGUGUUUUUAACAGUAAACCAGAGCUCACCUGAGUGCCUCUGAUAUCUUCAAGUUUUGGUGCAGCAUUAGUUCUUAAGAACAUGCCUCAUCAUAAAUGUCAAUACCGCAAUUGUGUCAAUAAUUCAGAGGACAUGUCCAUGUUCAGGUUCCCUGUCAAUGAUGAACCUCGGUUAAAAUUAUGGGUACAACAUUCAGGUAACAAAAAACUGAAAUCUUUGACACAAGAAGAAUGGCAGCGACGUCGGCUUUACCUUUGUGAGAAUCAUUUCAAAGUUGAAGAUAUAGGGAGAAAUACCUUUAGAUCCAGAUUAGUAUCUACAGCUGUGCCUCUAAGCGCAUCAGAAAAGCCCAGACAAGUCAGAUCAGACAUAAAGCACACUUAUAAACCCAGACCUAAAGUCUCUAAAGAGCCUGUAAUGUCUAAAGAAGACACACCACCACUUAAUAAUGAAGACCCGAUACCAGACAUGGUGCCUAAGCCAGAAAUGCCUGUAGAUGUGCCCGCAGUCUCUGAACUGCCAGUCCUUCAAGAGGUGCCCAUUGAACCACGUAAUAAUGAAGACCCGAUACCAGACCUCGUGCCUAAGCCAGAAAUGCCUGUAGAUGUGCCCGCAGUCUCUGAACUGCCAGUCCUUCAAGAGGCGCCCAUUGAACCAUAUAUUCCCAAGGAUGAACCGAUGGAUGACGAAUAUGAUAUGAACAAUAAUUGCUGUAAGGACUGUGCUGCGUUUACUGAUGGGUUCCCCUUCUGGUGCGUGGAAUGUGGUCGCGGGCCGCUGUGCGCGUCAUGCGCCGAGUGCGCGCCGCAUGACGGACACUUCUUGCUGCGCACGCCUAGAGGUGCCCCGCGCAGCCAAACGUUGGCAGUGCUAGCAGUCAUAAAGCAACAGUUGCAGGCAGAAAACUUACUAGAAUUAUAUGAAGUUAGUGAUGACGGUGUAAAAAUGGAAAUAAAGGAGGAGCCCGAAGAGUUUCUUUCGCCAGAACCCUCAGCACCAGGCCCUGAGCCAUUAGACCCUAAGCACCCGUUAGCCACCUACCCUGGCACAAGCGAACAGGUUGGGGUACAUGAACUCCAGAGGUAUAAAGAAGUACAACCAAUACCUAAUUAUCCAAGGAAAAUCCAAAGUACAACUGUUAUACAAGAUACACCUAGCCCUAAAACUGUCUUAGACCCGAAAGGCGGCUUAAAAUUUGCACCAAAGUCACAGGAUAAUAAGAUCAGUGACCAAACAGUCGAAGAGUAUUUAGCAAAGCGUCGGUUAUAUAUACCAGAAAUUGCAAACAUCCCAAUGAGCUCGAAGGUUGCACCGAAAAGAUCACGAUAUCAGCUGGAUACGAACGAAACAGUUAGGGACUAUUUAGCAAAAAGUUAUUUACCAGUGCCCGAAACAGGCCCAUAGAGCCCCAUUGUGCGGCAUUGCCUUACCUUAAGAAUCAACAUCGUUUUUAACAAUGUAGCACUAUAUUAAUGCACAAUAUUACAUUCUACCUGUAAUUAUAGCUGAUGCCCUAACUUAAAUUGCAUUUUGGAUACGAUCUUGGCCCGAAAACAACCUAAUUCAGCCAAAUACUCAACUGAAGCUUCAAACUAAAGUUUCUACAAUCAGAAAAAGAUCCAAGCCAUCUAACAACUGUCAAAAUUGACUCCCUAACGUUCUAAAGGGAUCACAAAAUACCAACCACAUCAAGGAAAAUGGUCUUAAAAGAUAUUUCCAAUAAGGUACAGAAGAUACUAGAGUUGCCAAAGGACAGAUUGUCAAUCAUUUGUUAAAUAAGUCGAAGCAAUCUUAAAACUCAAACUAAGGACUAACAAGAGCAAUAAAUCAAUUCAACCCUUUUAAAAAUAACGAUUAAUCAACUAAGAAGUAAUGGGUCAAAAACACUUCGAAAAAUAAAACCGAGGAAGAUAUGUAUGGGAUAGGUAUGGGAGUGACGACCGGUCUGGCGCAGUCGGUAGUGACCCUGCCUGCUACGCCGCGGUCCCGAGUUCGAAUCCCGGUAAGGGCAUUUAUUUGUGUGAUGAA